CUUCUUUUUCUCUUUCAGCUUCGGACAAAUCCCAAAUCACGGAGAUUUCAAUUUUCAGACCAUAGUACAAAGUCCCCCCUCCCUGCAAGAAAAAAGAAAAACACUCAGAUCUCCAGAUGGUGGAUUCUCCAAGAGCAUCGAGUUCAUCUUCUUCGUUACCUCCUCCAAGAUCGUACCUCAUCUUUAUGCGAAUCAUGAGCAAGAGAAGGACAUGGGUCUGUCUCUUUGUCGCUGUCUACGCCAUUCUCCUGUCUUCCUCAUGGAACUUCUUGACAUCUGUGCUUAGCUGGUACAAGCUCCAGUACACGUCAUCGCCGUCGCCGUCUCGAAUACCGGCGGUUUACGCUUCUGUGGUGUUGGGAGCAGUGUUCGGAGCGAUGUCGAUGGUUGCGGCGGCGGCGGUGGCUGUUCCGGCGGUGAUGGUGAUAUGGAUAUCGGUGGUUGUGUUGCUUGCUUUCUUUGGGAAGUCGAGAAGAGAUUUGGUUGUAGAAGCUCGGAAGAUUACUAGAGAAGUGUUUGGGUUUGUGUUUAAGGUUCUUUUGAAAGAAGGCAAUGCUGUUGCUGCUGUUUGUGCUGUUUUGGGUUAUUUUCUUCUUAUUAGAAAGGAUUUUGAUUCGGUUUAAGUGUUUUGAUCUUGGAAGAAUCUGACGAUUUUUAUUAAGAAACUUUGGUCUUUUUGUUUCUUGUUUUAACCUUUUGUUAAUGUAGAAACUAGCAAUGUAUAUGUACAUUUUUUAUGAUCAUAUAACUGUGAUGUUCAUG